CAGCCUAACCUUAAAACUGUUGGCUGUAGCAUCGAAAACUUGUCACGAUUGACGCGCUUUGUAUAGUUCAACAAUAUAAAUUUUUGAGUUGCUAAUUACUGAUCCAAGUUGGAACAAUAAAUAACAGAUUUUAUAAUGAAAAACAAGAACCAACUUUGUCCUCAGAAAGACACUUUACAUAGAGUAAAUUAUUUAUAUCAGGCUAGUCGUUUGAUGGCGUUAAAAAAUCGAGUUGCGGCGUCUUAUUUCGAUGACGUUUGUGAGGCAAUGUCGACUGCUGCUACUACUACUGGUGUAUGAGUACUUCUGGUUCCCUGCCUCACUAAGUUUUCUAGCAAUUCCUUAUGAGCCCCUUGCGACUGCAAAAUGUAAGUGAAGAAGUUUUUCAAUCGUGUCGCUUACGCGAUUCGUCAAAAAAUUCAAUUCGAUGAAAGCCGGCUCGGUCGGCACGCGCGUUGUUUAACGCAGGCGUUGUUUAAUGCAAGCGACUUUCUAUUUUGCCUACGGCCCCGGCGCGACACGGUGUGCACCCUGUCGCGUUUCGCUAUCGGAAUUUUAAUCUGCACGAGCAUGCAGGGCGCGGUGGACGCGCGUCGCCGAAUGCGAAGUGAAACGAGCGCGAGGUACUCGUGACAGAGCGUUUGACAUGACGACAAUUCCGUCAUUACGCCAUCGACGGAAUGCAGCUCGCCUGUGUGAAAAGCGCGUCCUAACUUUUCGUCCUCUUCACCCCCACACUUAUUUUCCCGCGUGAAUUCCGCGCCGCCAUCGAUUAUUUAUUCGGAUUAAAUGGAAAGGAAUUUUACGUUCAAAUGCAAUCGCGUUUGUGCCCGAGAGGCUGCAUUCUUUCGCGAAUUUUCCACUCGCGAUUACGUGAUUCAGAAAAUCAUUAUUGCGAAAUUACAAAAAAAAAA